AUGUCGGGAGGAGUGCCGACGAUACCGGCGCCUCAGUUCUCGACGUUCGCCACGGUCGUCGACCCACCGACACCUUUGCCGUCUUUCCUGAAAACCGUCUCGGCGACGCAUCCAGAUGAAGCUGAGCAGUCGACCGAAGCGCCCGUGCAAACACCAAUUAGCGUCCCUUCACCUUCUCAGGUGCAAAAUGCGGACUUUUGGAUCUUUAUUCAACGAAUUCUGAUGGAUUAUUCAAUUUAUUUUGUGCAAUUUUCAGCCCCCGGGCCCUCCAAGGUGUUCUAAUAUAGUCUGUUCAGAUUUUGAAUGUCAAGUAGAGUGACGUCAUUCAAAAACGCUCUGUGGAUGGCUCGCUAUCUGAUUGAUUUAUCCCACCAUUAUGGGCGGAGCUUGAGCGACGACUUGACAUUUAAAAUCUGAACAGACUAUAGUUUUUAUCUUAUUCCUCUUGGAAAAAUAUUUCUUCAGGCGGCUUCUCCGCGUUUUUAUCAGCGUUCGAAUAUUAGUUCUGCCACCAUUUCAUCAUGAUUCUUUGAAGAUUUUGCUAUAAACGCUUAGAUCGCAAGUACAGAACUCAUACUGCCCGGGAAAAGGGGUUGGGUCCCGGAAAUUAGAGAAUAAAAUCAAGUUUCAACCCCCGGGAGGUAGUUUUAUGCACAAGAAUACAAGUUUUAGCUUCAGGGAGGUAGUAUCAACUUUAGUUUAGACAAACUUGGGAGAGGCCUUUAAAAAUGGUCUGCCCAUUUAUGGCUUCGACUUUUUUCUAGUUUUGGCGAGAUUUCGAAAAAGUGAUGAGCUGUUAUAGCCGAUCCACGGCGAGAUGGGGGGUGGGUGGCCUCUCUGCGCUCUCCAUUAAUCAGGCACUCUAAUUUUUUUUUAUCGUGUUAGGACCCUUUUUUGGCCGUGAAUCAGUUACAUGAGUGUUUUUUUGGGUGAUCUUGUACAUAAAAAAAAAUUUUUGAAUUUUCUUUCGAAAAAAAUUGAAAACUGCAUUUAUUGUCAUUUUUUUCAGAUCAGAGUCCCUUACCCUUCGGCACCAACCGGUCCGGUCGGAGAGAUCCUAACGAAACCGAAAGAUGCUCUGUCGAAAAAACUCCCCCUCGCCCCGUCGGCUUCCAAAAACUACAAGUUGAAGAGGACUUUCAAGGUAAAAGACGAAUUGUAUAGCAAAUAGUUAUUGCAACUGCUAUUUAAAUAGGUAUUAGAAUGUCUGCGAACUCUAUGAAUAAGGAAAACUACUUGAAAACUGUAAAAUAUAUUUUUUUUAACUUUUCGAGAAAUUUAUAGCAUUUUCUUCCCUAUUUUUUCUGCUUUCUAGAAUGUUUUCUCUCAAGAACAUUAUAAUUCUUCUUUAUUUUUGAAAUUAUGAAAAAAAUUUUUCUGAAUCACGACUUUUAAUAUCAUAAAUAGCUCUCAUUUGAUUUAUUAUUCAAUUUUUUGAGACUAAAUUGGAAAAAAGGAAAAUCAAAGUAAAAAUUUCAUUGAAUUCUCAAUUGAAUAGUUAGGCAUAUUUCAAGAACAUUUCAAGGAGUAUAGGCCAAUCACAGUGUUUAUAAACACGCGGCGAGGCUAAAUGCAAUGGGGGCGCGCCUUAUUGCAAGGGGGGCGCAAUAGUGAGAGCCGAUUUUUGUGCGUUUACUGGCGGGAAUUAUAGCGUUAAUAAUUUUUUUUCAAGGCCUCUUUGAGCUUUUAGAUUAGCUUGGAUGUAUUUCAACGCAAAAAGAAAAGGAAUUUUUUUUUCAGCACUUAAUAAUUUUUUUCAACGAUAUUUCUUUUCAAAAAGCAUUUGUGAACCUUCAAAAGAGUUUUUAAGUUUUGAUUUUGGCUCAUACAACGGUUUUGCGCCUAAAAACUGGCCUUUUGCUUUCAAAAUAGUUUCCGGAAGGAUUAUGAAGAUUUUAGAGUUGAAUGUUUCCCUUCCAAUUCCCUAAAAAUCUCCAAAAAUGAUGAAUUUCCAGGUGAUAAUCGUUGGGGACGCGGGCGUCGGAAAGACUUGCCUCUCCUUCCGAUUUUGCUGUGGCCGAUUCCCGCAACACACCGAAGCCACCAUUGGCGUCGAUUUCCGGGAAAGGAGCUGUGUCAUCGAAAGCGAGCUCUUAAGGGUCAUUUUAUAUAUAUAUUUUUUUGCGAAUUGUUCAUUUGAAGAUUUUUUUGAAGAGUUUGGAAGUUUUUUUCAACUUAUUUUUUUAGAAACAGCUAUUGGAUAAUUAGUUUUUUUACUGACUUCAGUAACAGAUGGAACUGAUUUUUUUCUCAAGUUUUUCUUUUUUUGGUUUUUUUCUUGAAGUUUCUUUUUUCUACUACGAAUUUUUCUGAUAAAUUUUUUUCUUUCAGGCACAUUUAUAAAUAGCCAAAAAUUCUAUAGAUGUUUUUUUGAAUUUAUCUCAAGAUUUCUCCUGAAUUUUUCAAAUUACUUAUUUUUGGCCUUUUUUUGGAGGCAUGAUUUUUUUCUAAUAUGUGAUCUUCACAGUCAAAAAUUAUAGACAGCAGGAUCUUUUGAAAGUUUUCUUCCGGAUUUUUUUCAAAACCACUUUUUUAACCACAACCUCCCACCGAUUGAUUGUCUUGGAAGAUUUCUUGUGGAUUUAUCUUGAAAUUACUUUUUCUAGCCUUUAGAGUAUUUCUCUGCUAAAAAACAUUCCCAUGUUGAUUAUAUAGCAGAAAAACUAUUUUUCUCCAGCUUUCUUCUGGAUUUAUCUCAAAAUUAUUUUUUCUAGGCCGUGUGAAGGUAUAACUUUCCUAAUAAAUCAUUUCCAGGUACAAUUAUGGGACACGGCCGGCCAGGAACGUUACCGACAGUCCAUCGUCGCCCAUUAUUACAGAAACGUCAACGCCGUCGUUUUUGUUUAUGACGUCACUUGGUGAGAUUUUUAGGAUUCUGACGGAAAAUGGGAUACACAAACCUCAUUUAAAAAAAAAAAAAUCAAAAAAAUCGCAGCGUAACGUUUAGAAGGUUUUUUUGAGCCUCCUAUAUUUCUGAAAAUCUUCAGGCGCAAAAAAACAAAUUUUUUUGUCGUUUUUUUACCAUGUUGAUUUGUUAAUUUGAAGUUUUUUUGUUUUUGAAUAGUCCUUCAACUUUUUGCGUUAUAAAUGUUGAAAAAAAUCGGUUCCCGUAGGGGAUUUCGUAUCAAAAAAAUCGAUAAAUGCAGCUUUUUCCCAAAUUUUUUUCCUGUUAAUAUCUUUAUAAAUGAUUUAGAUUUUUUUCCUUGAAUUUAGUUGAACCGACAGAAUCCAAAAAUUUAUAGGAACUUUUUGCGGUUUGCUUUCUUUCUUAUCAUGUUUUUUUCGUGAAAAUUGAUUUUUAACUUUCAUUUUUUUAAAGUUUCUUUCGAAAAUCGUCCAAAGAAUCCAUUUCAAUUCAAUCAAAAUGUUUUCAUAACGGUUUUUUCCAUCAUAAAUUCAUUUCAGCAGAGAUUCGUUCAACUCACUGAAUAUUUGGAUACGAGAGUGUGAAAAGCACGGAUUAACAGCGGAUUGCGAGGUUUUUCAAUGGAAAUAUUGAUAUUUUAUUACAACUCCCGGAAAUUCAGGUCCCAAGAAUUUUGAUCGGGAACAAAUGCGAUAUCCCCAGUGAGAAUCGGGUAUCAACGGACGAGGCUCAGGUUAACUUUUUUUGAUCGAAUCGCGGAACUCUUUGAAUUUUACCUCUUCUCUUCGUAUUCAAUUCAUUAGUUAUUGAUUUUUUGCACCUCGAAAAAGAGCAAAAAAACAAGAAAAAGUCGUUUAAUUAGGUCCUUAUUAAAGGCGCAUGGUGAGUCGGCGCGAGUCACUGAUUUAUAUGCUGGUUUGGGCUAUUGAAAAAAGGGUCCUGACACGAAGAAAAAAUUUAUAGUCUCUUUAUUCAAGUCAUUGCUCCAGCUCCGCCCCUCAUUCGUAGAUCAAACCAAUCAGAGACCGAGCCAUCCACUGAGCCUUGUUCGGGGCGGAGUUUGCUGCUUGAUAUCCUGAAUCUGAACCAGAACUGGGCCGAUGGUGAUUUACACAUUUUCGAUCACUCACUCCCCCAUUUAUACCUGAUUCUGGCUUGAGCCAUCGAAAAAAGGGCCCUCACACGAUAAUGCACAAUAAUAAUAGAUAGUUUAUUCACUGCCAUUAUUUAACAUAAAAAAAAAUAGUUGAAGAAUAGAUGAUCAAGUGAAGGAAUAGGCAGAGAAAUAACAAUACACGGGAAAGAGUCAACCCCAACGAGUUGACGGGUACCCGGAAAUAUGGCAAAUUCACAGGAGACGAGAGGGGAUAUUUUCAUGAAAGGCUUCAAACGGAAGAGCAUUCAACUUUUUACGCAGAGUUUCUGGGAUAACGUUAAAAUCUAAAUAAGAAGUUAGUUUAUUCCAAAGAGGAAUAGUUCUAGAAAAAAAGUCAUUAGAAAACUGACCAGUAGUCCGUAGUCGAAGUGGAUUUCUCUGUAACAGGGAUUGAGUGAAAUACUUAUUGCGAUCGAGAAAAUGAUCAGAGCCACAGAUGAUUUUAUGCAAGGUGAUAAUGUCACAAAUUUCACGACGAAUGAAUAACGGUUUGAUGUUAAAUUGACUAAGGCGAUCUGAGUAAGAAGUGAAACUAACAUUACAACGAAUGAAAACUUUCCGACUAAAAAGACGCAGUGAAGAUUCAAGUUUGUGAGAUUCCUCAGAGGAAAUGGCGGGUGAGAAAAGCUCAGAGCAAUAUUCAAGGACUGGAUUAACGUAGGUUUGAAACAUACGGAAGUAGUUAAAAGGUGAAGAGAACUUGAAGGUAUUCAGUAUUUGAUUAGAACGUAAGGUGGCAAAAGCAGCAAUACGGCUGAUGUGUUGUUUAAAGGAAAGCUUGUCAUCGAUAAAUAAACCAAGGUUACGUACUAUGGAGCUUUGAGGAACUUCAAGGAGGUCAACAUAGUAAAGGGUGCGAGGAUUAUUUGGGCCAAAGUGAACAGAGAACGUUUUGUUUGAGGCGAGUGGGAGAGACCAAAUAUGAGACCAUUCAAGGAUACCGUUAAUGCUUGAUUGGAGAGAUCUGGGACAGGAGCUAUAGAUUUUAAUAUCAUCCGCAAAAAUUGAGAUAGAGGUAGAGGAAUCAAUGUAAUUUUCGAUAUCGUUGAUGAAAAUGAGGAAGAGGAGAGGGCCGCUGACAGUGCCUUGGAGGACACCGGAAGGGUUGGGAAAGCAAUUGUUGGCAAAAGACUUGUUGACCUUAACAAUUGAACUUCUGUGAGAUAAAAAAUUAGAGAACCAACGGCUCAGAGUAUUAUCAAAACCAAAGUUUAGCAUUUUAAGACGUAGCAAAUUGUGAUCUACUCUAUCAAAAGCUUUGCUGAAAUCAAAGUAAAUAACAUCGACAUUUAGAUUGGAGGCCAAGGACUUUUUUAUGUCGGAUAUAGAAGAGAUGAGAGAGAGUUUGCAAGAUCUACGGUUUAAAAAUCCAUAUUGAAAUCGAGAGAAUUUAUGAGCGAAUCGAUUUCUAACCAUAUGGGCGAUAAUACGUUCCAAUACACGUGAUAUAGGAUGAGUGAGAGAGAUCGGACGGAAAUUGGAAGGGUCAGACAAACUGCCUUUUUUAUGUACAGGUAUGACCGUAGUGUGUUUUUAGAGAAGAGGGGAUAACACCAGUUAAAUAGGAUUCAUUAAAUAGGAGAGACAGGGGAAGGCUUAAAGAUCUAGCACAUCUUUUAAGAACAAGAAAGUUAAUAUUAUCAGUGGAAAAUCCACAUUUCGGAGGUAGAGAGGCAAGAAAUUUAUAAACAACAUCGGGGGAGAAAAAUAUACUACAGUUAAUAGGUUCAGGUGAGGGAAGAGCUGGGAAAGGUUGAGGGUUAGUGUUAGAGAAAUUGGAAUAGAACACAGAUGAGAAGACAUCGGCCUUUUGAUUCAUCAUCAAUUAUAUAAUUAUCAUUGAAAAGCAGAUUGGGGAUCCCAGAAUCGAUCUUAAGCUGUCUUGAAAUAAAUUUGGAAAGUUUAGAGGAGUUGUAGGAUAGAGCAACUUUGGUAUGGAAUUUCCUCAAUAAAAAAGCAGUUCUUUUACGAAUAAGUUUUACAGUGAGAUUGAAAGACAGUGUCUGGCUCGUGGAGAGCGCAGACAGGCCACGCACUCUUAGCUUCCCAAGCUAGCCGUCGGCAAUACACACUCUGUGAAAAUUUCGAGACCACAAAGUUCGAAAAGUGGCGAGUUUACUGCCUUGCAACAGUAUGGCCCGCCCAGAGGACCACAGCUCUUAUAGCCUAUUCCGCGCCAGCUUGUCACGUUUUUCUUUCCGCCAAAAAGACCGUAUACCUAAUUAGAUCAAAUUUCUGCUUUUAUAACGGCAAGAAACAAAGGUCUUGAAGCGAAGUUGGUCAAAUUUGACCUGGCCUUUUGGCGGAAAGAAAAACGUGACAAGCUGGCGCGGAAUGGCCUAUACCUGAACAGACUAUAGUCUUGUAGAGUGAAAGAACAAAAAUUUUAUAUACGGUUGCUUUUUUUCUGCUGUGUUUUCAAAACUUGAACUUCUCUCCUGGAACCUUCGCGGUGCAAGCUAAAAAGGAAAUAAGCUUAAGGAUUCUUGUAACACGAUUUUUUUUCCCUUCAGAUGUUCGCCGACCGUAACAACAUGGCGCUGUUCGAGACGUCGGCCAAGGCGCAGUCGGAGGCCGACCACGUCGAAUCGAUCUUCCUCACUCUGCUCCACAAGCUCCAGCAGAGCAAGCCGAUGCACGUACAGAGUCCCGACGAGCGACAGGCCAAAGUACUCUUUUUUCUACUGAGGAUUCAUCGAAAUUAGGCUCUUGAAGUCACUUAACAAAAAAAACGGUUAAAAAAAUUUUCGAGAUUUUUUUUCGUUAGAAAAAGGUCUAGUGUGAAUAGAAACUUCGAUUUGGUCGUACUUAGGAAUUCUUGAGUGGUCCCUAUAGGGUUUAACGGAAAAAACAGUUCCUAUAAGUCAGAAAAUCACUGACAGGGGGCCAAAAAAACCACUAUAGAGACCACUUUCGAAAGCUCUAGGGGCUACUAUAGGGGUCGGUUAAGUGGUCCCUAGAGAGGCCAAAAAACCACUAUAGAGACCACUUUCGAAAGCUCUAGGGGCCACUAUUGGGGUCGGUUGAGUGGUCCCUAGAGAGGACCUUUUAAGAGCCCCUAUAGGGACCACUCUGGAGGUUCUCAGUAGAAAGAGUCUGACGAGUAAAAUAUCCUUUUUUUUCCGAGCCUUUUUCUUUGGAAAAUGAAGGAAUUUGACAGGAAACUUUAGGAAUUGAUUUAAAAAAAUAGUUUAUGGUCAAGUUUUAUGUCAAGAGUAAAGCUUAUCACUACAAGUUUGAAGAAAAUGGUCUUUUAACUCGAUAAUUUUUUCAGGAGCAAGAAAAACUCGUCCUAAAAGCGGAUGAAGCUGCGCGUUUGGAGGAGGAUGGCUGGUGUUGUUAAGAGAGAAAAAAAAUGAAAAAAUAUUCCCUUUUCAGCUAAUUCUUGUCUAUUUUCCAUUGCAUUUUACUCGAAAAGGUUGUAAAAAUCAUCAUUUUUAGUGAUAUCUCACUUUAGGGGUCGUUUUUUAAUACACCUCCUUAUGGGUUCUUUUUUCGUGGUUCAUCGUUUUGGUGUAUGUUUGAGAGAUAGUCGUGGAUCGCUGAUUUUUUUUUUGUCAACUACCCGGAAAAUCCGAAUUUCACAUUAUUGAGGAUAUAAAUGAUUGAAAUGAAGAAUAUUUAUGGAAGUUAGAAUGAAUUCGAAAAGCUUCUGCCUGAAAAAAAGGUAAUUAAUCGGUGCUUCAGCUGUGGAAAGACUACCAGAAGUUCUCAUGGCAUAUUUGGACAGUGUAUAUCAAAAAGUAAAGUAAGUCAGAAAGAACAUAAAAAUGCGAAUAUCGGAGAGAAAAUCUUUUUUGAAAAAAAAAAACCAAGAAAGAUUGUGUAUUUUACGAAUCAGACUACAAUAGGUUGACAUGGUGCAGACAGAUUUGCGUACAUUGCGUUUUAUUUUACGUCUAAUUCAAAAAUUGCUGUUUUUCAAUGAAAUUCCACCUUUUUUUUUUCUCUAUACACAGUAAUGGUGUUUACUUGGAUAAAACAUUCCUUUCAGAUCCCUUGGAAAAACUGUAGAGGUACUAUAAUUUUCCGCCAAUUCAUUAGACGAUAAAAAGAAGGCGCUAUUGUGCAAUUUUUGUCUAUUGUUAAUAUUUUCUAUGAUCAUGGAUGGAAGAAGAACUUCGAAAGUUUUAAUUCGAGGAAUUUUCAUGUAAAAGAAUAGUUUUCUUUCUUCGUCUUCAUUUUUAUCGGACUUGCCGUUUUUCUCUUUUAUUUUUGUUCGUUCGUUAUUUUUUAAAUGCGAACUUCUUGAUAGAAGUAAUGAGGGAACUUCUAGAAAUAUUUGGUAUUUAAUGGUUUUCUUGAAUAUUGCAAAGAAAAAUAAUUUUUCUGUGGGAUAUCAGACAAGCCAUUGGAAGACGUCUGUUUUUGACCCCGCCGCGGAGUUUUGAUCUUGGCGGCUAUUCGAUUUUUUGUCAUCGUUUUUUAUUGAUUGCCUAUUUUUUUUUAUCGCUCCACUGUGUUCUAGAACGGGUCAAUGUUUUUUUUUGUUUUUGCAGGCUUAGGCCCCUUCUGCAUUUAAGGUGUUUGAAGUGUUCUUGUAGUUUCCAUAGAAAAUUUAAAUAAUUUUAGCGAUUUUUUAUUUUGGAAAAUUUUUUCGUUAAACCGAAAUAUCUUAUUAUCUUUUUACUGUGGAUGAAUUUUGUCAUUCUAUCAAAGUGAUUCAUAAUUAUCUGAGGGAUAAUUUUUUUAUUCUCUGUCUCAACUCCAAAUUUCGUGGAGUUCGUUCCAAAGUCAUGUAAAUUUAAGGCUUUAUUUUGUUUUGUGGAGAGAAAGAUGAACAUCAGUAAUAAAAAAGUUGAUCAAGAGUUUCUACGAUUUCGGAAGAUUUUCACUUACUUUGAUUUUUUUGUUUCUUUCUGCAUUUAAGUAAUGAAAAGUCCUGGAAGAGUCCUCAGUUUCAAGAAUUAUGUUGAUUAUUGAAUGGAGACUUUGCAGAGCACCAAUGAGUAAUAAAGAUGUUAGGGCCUGUCAAAAAAUUUCUCCAAUUUCGGGAGAUUUUCACUGUUUGUUUUGACUCGACGGUUGCACUUGGCGAAGUUCUGAAAUUUCGAUAUUUCAGUAGCUUUGCCAUGUAAAAAACGCAAAAUCGCAUCCAAACGGUGUAUUUUUGAUGAAAAUUUUGAAAAGAAAUUGCAAAAAGUGCAGCAGAGAGUACUCCUAGAAGCACUCUCGCUUUAGCAUUUAACAUAAUUCGAUAUUGUUCCCCUCAGCUUCGAAAUGAAAUAUUUUCAAACUGUUUGUUUUGAUUCGACGGUCACGCAUCUUUUUAAGUGAUUACUCAGAAAACGAGCGAUUUCUUGCUUGAUUGAUGAUUACAAAGAAUUUUUCAGUUCGAACCUGAGACGUUCUACGACGGAAGGAGAGGACGGUACUUCACGGAUCGAACGAGACCCUUCAUGGAGCGGGAUGAUCGGCCGAUCUUGUUCAACUACGAAAUCGCCUCGUCUGUUCAACUCCAGCUGUUCAACUCCACUGAUCGACGGAUCUCGUUCGCGCUUCGACGUCGGAUCUACUCCAGCUGAUGUUCAUCUCCAGCUUGACUCGAAGGUUGUGCCUCGUUCAGAGUGAUUUCGUGGUUUCUACUCGGAAAACUUGUGAAAUAGCGAUAUUUUGCAAGGUUUCCCGAGCGGAAAUCGCGGAGUCACUCUGAACGAGGCAUCACUUCGAGGCCAAACUUGUAGUUGGUCGAAAAAAAGAAAUUUUUCGGGGUGUACGAGCCCCUUUGCCACCAACGAACAUAAAUUCUUGAAGAAGCGCGCCAGGAAACGGACGCCACCAGAUCGAUCGUUGGUGACGUCCACACCCGGCGCUGUACUCCAAGAGUCUCUGCAAGUUGGGAGGCAAAUGCUUGGCUGGGAUUCGAACCCGAGUCCCCAGAUCGAGGGACGAGUUGCCUCGCCACUCUACCAAGCCCGCACGCUCGUUCCACAAGCCUCGGCGCCCCAUACCGCCGCUGGUCCAAGUGCCCGAGUGUUGGCUUGGGUCGAGAGGCGCCGUUUGACCCCCGACUGUAGUUUGACCCGCGGCGCCAAAACAUUGCGUCAUCCUUCCACUGCCUUCCAUGGCCUUCUAGAACUUCUUGUUACGUCAUUCUUUUUCAAUUUUAAUCUUUUUUUACAUUGUUUUAAUUCAAUUUCAAAGCGUUUUGUGAAAUUCAUAAUAGUAAGAUAUGAGUGCGAGCCUUUCUUUACACUAGUUAGCAUGAAUCGUUUUUUUAUUUCAGUUUCCAGCUAUACUUGCGUUUAACUUUUAUGAAGACGUUAGAAAAUCCUCACAUUAUUAUAAGGCUUUUUUUAAAAUUUGGAUGGUUACUGUAGUCCGCAUUUGACAAACAUCACCGUGCUGGAACAAAAAUACUUGCUUUCCAAUUUUAUUUUGGUCAUAUUGCUUCGGUUUUUCAACUUCAAUUGAAUGAGAGGUGAUUUGCUUUUUAUGUUAAAUGAUGAUUGGUAUUUCAGGAAACGCGGCCGAUUUCUUCGACAGAACUGGGUGUUGAGGUAUCGUGUCAGAAACGAAGCUGAAAAAGAUCCAUGGAAUGGUGUUGAUGAUUUGAAAAAGUUGCUGUGAGGUUUCUGACAUGUUACCUGAACGCCCAGUUCUGUACAGCGAUCAAUUUUGAAGAACGUAAAGAUGAGUUUUUCAGCUUUGUAAAUUGAACUAAAUUGAAAAUUUCAGUGAACCUCUUCGACCCUCGAGAGGAAAGACAGAACUGGGUUUGGACAAAGAUGUCAUGAACGAGUUGAAGCCAUGGGUGUCGACGAUGUGAAGCUGUUUCUGACAUUAUGCCAAAUGCCCAGUUCUGUCCGAAAAUCGCAUAUAAAGUUAAGCUCUCAUUUCUCGUAUUUUAACAAAUCUGAAACUUUCAAGGAUCUUUGAUUUCUUCGACAACGGGAGGACGGCGACUCUGUCGACAUGUUGA